UGAUUACAAUUUUUAUUACUUUAGUGACAGAAACGCAAAAUCUUCUCGUUCGAUAUUAGCAUUGAUCGUAAUCACACCAAUUAUGGCAAAGAAACAUACUUCAAUCGCGAAUAAUAUUCACAUGUCAUACAUUUAUCCAAGACGGGAAGGAUUUUCUCUCAGUUAAAUGCAACAUCACUUAAUUGCUACACAAUAUGAUCCACGAACACACAAGAGCGUAUGCCACGUGACAGCCACUUAUCGGAGCAGUAUCGGCUGUCAGGCGCCUCGUCAGCGCUUGCGAGUCACAAUAUCAUCGUAGUAUCGCGAGUUCAACGGAUGCGAGUGCGUCGCAGCGGAAAUGGAGCCGGGAACGUUGGCGAGGGUGCUCCACGAUUUUCUCACCACCGUCGACGGGGAGUUGAGCCUCUCCAAGGGACAUUAUUUCCUGAUACACGAGAUCGUAGAUAAACACUGGUGCCGUGGUCAAUCUCAAGAUAGAAUCGGCAAGUUUCCCUUGAGUCACUUGCAUAAGGUGGAGAUCCCUCCUUUUGGCGAGACAGAAAGACUGUUCAUUUCCAUAGCUAACUUUCCUGGUCAAGAAACUGGAGAUUUGUCUUUUGCAGAAGGACAACUCAUAAUUGGAAUGAGGGACAUUGGUUCGGGAUGGUGUAUGGGCAGGAUAGGUUCCAAAAAUGGAAUUUUUCCAAUGACACAUACAUGGGAAUUGGAUAUAACAAUGAUAAAGAAACCAAUAAAAAAUAAAUCAAUAAGGAAAAGAGCGAGGGUAAAAACAACAUUGAAGGCACAACUCGAUGAAGAAUUGGACUUAAUUGCAGGCGAGACGGUUAUUGUCACAGAAAUGUUAGAUGACGGUUGGUGUCGUGGAGUUAAGGAAGAUGGUAAAGAAGGCAUAUUCCCUGAAGGAUUUAUAUCCUACAUAGAAGUAGAUCAAGAUCAAGAUACAAUUGAUCAUGAACAAAUACCAUGUGCAACUGAGAGCAAUUUUGCAUCUUUCUCGACAAUCCACAAUGGCACAAUUUCCAAAGAUUUUGGUGAAACUUCUUUACAUUCUUAUGCAAACAUGUCAGAUGAACCUGCUCCAAACUACUUCGACUUGUUUCCAGAGGUGCCAACAACUAGUAAUAUGGAAAUCACACAAUAUAACAGUCACACGAAUUCUGUCGAUAUUAAACCAUAUGCUAUAACAUUGUAUCCAUUUAAUGCACAGUUUCCAAAUGAAUUAAGCUUUGGAGCGGGCGAAGUGGUGCAUCUUACCAGGUAUAUUGAUUCCGAAUGGAUAGAGGGUAUGAUUGAUACCACUAAAGGCAUUUUUCCAGUGUCUUAUGUCAAUAUCAUAGUUGAUUGUGCAGAAGCAAAGCAGCAUCAAGCUCAAUCUGAAGUAAUUCUUGCAAAAAAAGAUGCUUUAGAAACAGGUGUUACUGUAAAAGUGCUUUAUACCUUUGAUGCACAGAUGAAUGGCGAUUUGAACGUUCACGAAGGCGAGAGUGUCAUUGUGCUAGAAAUGACCAAUGAGGAUUGGGUGAAAGUGAAAAAUAAGAGUGGUCUAGUUGGUCUGUGUCCGCGGGAAUAUUUGAGCUCGGUAUCCGAAUAUUCGUUGGACAGUCUACAGGAAUCGAAUUUGGAAGAUUUUGAAGAUUUUGUGAUGAUUAGGCAUAAGGAAGCAAACGCGAAUGAGGAACGAAAUCCGAAAAGGCUGUCUCAACCACAUAGACCAGCACCACCGGUUCCAGCUCCAGGCAGAGUGCCAUUACAAAAGGAAACUGUUGCAAAUGGAGAAUCUGCUCAAAGUAGAGAAACGCAGGAAAACGAAUCUGCAAUCAGUAAUACUGUAGAUAUGAGACAAAAGCAUGCAGAUCAAAGACAAAAUGUAAUAUCGGAAUUAGUUUUAACAGAAAAAGAAUAUGUUCGCGAUCUAAAGUUAACAUACGAAACAUUUAACUUGCACAAUCCAAGUUUUCUCGAAUCGAAAGGGAUUGAUGUUACGACGUUGUUCGGAAAUAUUUUGGACGUUAUUCACGUUGCCGAGGAAUUGUUGGAUAUGAUAUUAAGAGCUAUGAAAGGCUGCGAUGAAAGUUUGCAAACAAUUGGGCCUUGUUUCGUGAAAAUGGCCGAGAAAUUGAAAAGUGUUUAUGUUAAAUAUUGUGGGAAUCAUGAAGCUGCAUUAGCUCUGUUGAAAAAGUAUGAAAAUAAUGAUGAAAUCAUGAAAGUAUUUAACAAGGGUAUUGAGACGUUACGUCGUCAAAUUGCUUGCUUUGAUAUGAGUUCUAUUCUGAUAAAGCCGGUUCAAAGAAUUUUGAAGUAUCCAUUAAUGUUAUAUGAAUUAAUAAAGUGUACAGAAGAUAAUCAUCCAGAUAAAGCAGCCAUAAUGGAGGCGUGGGAGGCUAUGACGAAUGUGGCGAGUUACAUCAACGAAUACAAACGAAGAAGAGAUAUCGUUUCAAAAUAUUUAGAUAAUGAUAAUACUUUAUUUAGUAAAAUGUCGAAAUUAAGCAUGCACUCUGUGGCAAAAAUGUCAACAAGACUAAGUACGAGAUUGUCGGCGAGUCUGGGAUUAACAAACGUCGCGAGCGAUACCGAGUUUGAAGAACUCGAAAAACAAUUUCGAUCCAUAGAGAAAUGUACAUGGCAAUUGGUAAAAGAUGUUGAGCAAUGUAUCACAUAUUUGAGUGAUGAAGCUAUGUCUGGUGAAGCAAUAGCCGAUUUGUUGGUUCAUUAUUACCAAGGAAGUCCGACUGCCGAAGUGAAAAAAUUGCAGGAUAUAAGAUCUAUAAUUUGGUCACAAUAUAUGCGGGAUUUUAAAUCGUGUAUCGAAAAGAAAGUUAGUGCACCAUUACAUUUCUUAGCAACGCUGUUAGAAGGGCCGGCGGUAUUGGUAGCGAAGAGGCAUGAUAAAUUGCUGGAUUACGACGCUGCUAUUUCAAAGAGUGAGAAAUAUAAAGAAUCAAAAAUUGUACAAGAAGAAUUAUUUACUGCUAAGAGUAAUUACGAAGCUCUAAAUCAACAAUUACUGGAGGAAUUACCAAUAUUGCUGAAUGCAGCGGCAAACAUUUUAGUUAAUUGUAUAAAUGUUUUUGCUGGCGCUCGAAAAUUACUAAGCGGAAAAAUUACCAAGCAAUAUCUGACUCUUUGCGAGACCUCACCACAUUUGUCGUCACAAGACGUGCUGGAAUCAUUUCUUGUGAGUCAUGAUUCAAUAUGGAAUCAAGUAACGCGUUUCGCAUUUGCUGGUACGAAUCCACGAACAGGCGAGAGCCAAUCGCGAGUUUGUAAGCAAACCGAAGAGCAGAGAUCCUCACUUAGAGAGAAAUAUACCGCAGACAAAUUGUACGUGGUGGUUGAAGAUAUUGCCAGUACAUCUGCAUUGGAUGUGGAUGCUGCAAGAGGUACGUUGAUCGGAGUUAUAAAAAAACAGGAUCCAAUGGGAAACACUGCGAGAUGGUACGUUGAUACUGGAGUCACUCAAGGAUUUCUGCCUUCUCAAAAAUUGAGACCGGUUCAACGGCAAAAUCAGCAUCAUGAUCAAACUACGGACGUCACUGCUGCUGAGAGAAAGAGUUCCAGCCCUCCGAAUUUAAUGUCACUCGAUUCUCCAGAAAAAGAGAUCAAGAAGGUAUCUUCAUCGCAUUUGCAGGAUUUGCUUUCGUUAGAACAAGAAACGAAAGUAAAUCAUACUUACAGCAACGUUCUCGAGGCGUCAAAAGUUGGAUUGUAUCAGAAUGUACAAUGCGAAUUUUACUACGCUAUGUAUAAUUUUGCUGAAAAUAUGCCGGGUACGUUGCCCAUUACUAACGGCCAAGCUUUGAGACUCGUCAGACCACACGACGAGAAAGGAAACAAUGAAUGGUGGCUCGUAGAGAAUCGGGAUGGUAAACAAGGUUAUGUUCCGCGGAAUUAUUUAAGGCUCGCCCAUUAAACCAAAGUCAUAACUGAUAAAAACUUAAUAUUACACACAAGUUCUAUAUUUAUAGCAUUAUAAUUUUAUGCUAAAAUUAUGAUAAUUAUUUUGAUCGCAAAAUAAUUAAUCAUUAAUAGAAACUAUUAACAGUAAUCUGUUAAUAUUUGAUUUUUUAAAUAAUUAUCUCAUAAAAAAUGUAUAUUAUAUCUUUUGUUAACGAAGAAGUAUUUUAGAAUCUUUCUAUUUGAUCUGAUUAAAUUUAAAGAUAUAGAAAAGAUGAUCGAUCAAAAAUUAUUAGAUAUUUAUGCCAUUUAACUUGUAAAUAACUUUUAAAUUUUUUUGAUAGUUUUUUUAAGUUUAUACAGAUUUGAUUUAUAUACUUUUUAAAAUAUUUACAUAUGUCCUGAAUUCAUUAAAUUGUUAUAUGUAUAAAUUGUAACAUAUGUAUAAAUAAGUGCUCAAAAACGUCAGAUGAUUGAAUAGUAUGGACAAUUCGAAAAUUUAACGUCAAAUAGUUUGAACCUUUUGAACUGAAAAUAUAUUCGAAUUAUUUGAACUCAGGGGAUCAAUCAUGUAAUUUCACGUGAUGCUUUUUUUUAUUUCGAACUAUUCAAACAGAUUAAACAUACAAUAUAUUCGAAUUUUUUGUUUGGAGAAAUCCAAGUAUCUCGCGAAUUUUAGAAAGUUUGAUAUUAAGAGAUAGGAUUUGAUAUUGUAAAAAAAGUAACGUAUAACAUUUAGGUGCUAAUGAAGGAUUGGAGUUACAAGAUUUUAAAGUUUAAAAUGACUGCGUACAGAUAUUACAGCGAUUGAUCGAAGUUUCACAGAAGCUAUAGUGCCUAAAUACUAAUUCUCUCAAACUUACAAUUUUUAUUAACCGUUACAUAUUUAAGAAAUAAUUUAAUGUUUUGACUUUUUUAAGUAUUAUUUAUUUUAUUUCUUAAAUCAAUUUUAAAUAAAUUAAAUAAAUUAAAAAAAUUUGUUUUAUAAAAUAAUAAAAUAAAUUAAGAAUAUGAGAAAAAUAAAUAAUAAAGAAAUAACCUAGACAAAAAAGGUCUUAAAUAGUCAUAACUUUGUGUUGUUUGGGAAGACAUUUACAAUAACAGUCGAUCUCCAAUAAGAAGAAAAAAAUGUAACUUUAACUUUUUGUCCCAUUGACGCUUAAAUGUUAUAUAUUACAUUCAUAACAUCAAAUUCUAUAGUCGAAUUUUUAAUACUAAAUUUUAUAAAAUUCGCGAGAUACAUACCUGAAUUUCUUAUGAGCUAGCUUUAGUAAAAAAUAGUUUUAUCAGAAACAAAUUUUUUGUGAUGAUUUGAUCGUUAUUUAUAACUGUAUUAAUAGUUGAUAUUAAUAAUUAAUAAUAUAAAAAAUUGCACGUACGUUCUUGCCUAACAAAAUUGUAUUCUAAUAGAUUAUUUCUGCAGUAAAUAAUAUAUGCCACAAGCCUAUCAAAUAUGUACAUAUAUAUUUGUGAUACUCUUUUUAUUUGUAUACUUUUAUCAUAUUUAUAAGUACAAUCGAUUUUUUCCGUGCAAUUUUUAAUGUAUAUUUGUAUAUAGUGUUGAGUUUUUUGAAAAUUGUAUAUUAUUUUAAAUAUGAAUAUUUACGGCAAAAGAUAUUAAUAAAAAUAUUACGAAAAUAACACUGAUCAAGUCUUAAUUAAUGACUGAUUUAUUUUAGUUAGAAAUUUAUAAAUACAUUAAUUCUCGCAUUAAUUGCUUUAUCAAUAAUUUAUUUAAAAUAAAUAAUUUAAAAUAAAUAAUUAUUCUUAAGGAAUUCAUACUCCUAUCAUGUCAACGUAUUUCGCGUUGUUCCAAAAUAAAUUUAACGAGUUAUAAUUUUAGUAUUACUAGUGUCUAAUUACAUGGCCAAGUAAUGAAUAUUAAAUGUUUAUUGCAAUAAAACAGUGCGAUUUCUUCUUAAUAAUCGUUUUUAUUAUUAUAUGUACAAUCGUCAACAGUUCAAAUAAGCACAUAUGUAUAAGAAAUUUGAAAUAUUCAAUAUAAUUUAUAAUGUCGUUAUGAGAAAGAUUUAAAAAACACAGAUGUUAUUUAAAAAUAAAAUAAGACAUAUUGGCAUAUUAUAUUAUUAUCGUAAUAUAAUAAUGCAUCUAUAGUUACAAUCGACAGUAGGUAUAAUAAUAUUACAUGAUUCGUGUGCUACGGCACUAAGUGGCUAUCGCCUAAAUCUACAAUAAAAAAUAAAAA